CUGACUUUAGUGGCUCCCGGGGCAGGACCAUGGGACUAGUAGGACUUCUCAAUGGAAAGAAGGCUAGUUUUAAAUCUUUUCUAAAGACACCGGUUAACAAAACGGACACGCCGACUACUCUGGAUACGUUAUUAUACAGUUUUUAGUGUAUUUUUCCCCUCAUUGGUAGCACAAUUUGAGCUAAAACUGUUGUUGUUUUUGCGCUCUGUUUUUUUUCCCUCAAAGUAAUUUCCUGUUCAUGACCGGGGCGAGAGUUUGCACGCUUGUUUGUCGUCCCGUACGUGUUUCGAAGUAAUGGGAAAUUUAAAGUGAGCGUUAAAAAAGCCCGACCGCGUUUCCUGAAGUUGGGAGCGGAUAACCUGGGAUGACUGCAGCCGCCUCCUUUGGAUACGACAACACACUGACUUGGACCCACGCUAUGGGCAACAAAGGGAACCUCUCAACAACUGGGCUAGUUAUUUAGCUACCAGGGAGGAUACUCGGCAUUUGAAAUGUGGUAGAUUUGCAGAGCUGGGAGGAAAUGGAAGCCGAUGCCAGCAUGGAAAGGGAAUUCUAAAUGAGUCGUUUUCCAAACAAAGAAGGACACCCCCGUCGGACUGAACACCGCCGAGCAAAGGGAAAGCCUUGCGAGAAAUGGAGGAGGAAGGCUCGCUUGAGCCAAACAACAUACUUGCAAAGGUCUCAUUCUUCUUUUCCCGGUUCUAGCAACAUCUACCCGCCCGCCGUUUCUGUUAUCAAAACAUUGUUUCCUUCGCCGGUGCUGCAGUGCUUUUCUGGCCGCGUGUGAAUUAAAAAUGAGGGUGGAUCGUUUGCAGUUGUUUGGGAUUUUGCUGCUGCUGAGCGGCUGCUGUGGCUCGGCGGCAUCAUCCGCGUGCAAAUCGUUUGAUGAAAACUCGAAAAGCGGUGGGAAAAUCGUGCCGUCCUACAAGAAAGUGGUCUGCAGCAACAUGGAGCUCCAUCAGGUGUUGCCCCCGGACACUCUCUCUUUCCCGAACAGAACAGUGACACUAAUUUUAAGCAACAACAAGAUUCAAGAACUCAGAAAUGGAUCCUUCUUUGGAUUAUUUGCUUUGGAAAAAUUUCACCGUGGUAGAACAACACGGCUCUUAGAUUGGUUUAUUUUUUUCAGCUGUCAAACAAAUAAAAUGUCAUUCUUCUUCUGUGUGCACUGCAGAGACCUGGCCAACAACAGCAUCAGCUGUCUUAACAGCGACAUCUUUAAAGGUCUAUCCAGUCUGAUCCGACUAAACCUUACAGGGAACAUGUUCUCUUCAUUGGCUCAGGGGACCUUUGACAGCUUGGUGUCUCUGAAGGCGCUAUGCAACGCUCCACUCGAGCUGCCCUCCUUCCAGCUAACCCCAUCCCAGCGGCAGGUCGUCUUUCAGGGGGACAGCCUGCCCUUCCAGUGUCAGGCCUCCCUCGUGGCAGAGGACAUGCAGGUGCUGUGGUACCACAGGGGCCUCAUGGUCAAGCCUGACGCCACUCAAGGCAUCUUCAUUGAAAAGCGCAUUGUGCAGAACUGCUCGCUGAUUGCCAGUGCAUUGACCAUCUCAAACAUCCAACCUGGUUUUACGGGCAACUGGGAGUGUCGGGUCAGGACAAGCAGGGGAAACACCACCAGGACGGUCCACAUUGUGGUGCUGCAAAGUUCAGCCAAGUACUGCGUCCCUGAACGUGUCUCCAACAACAAGGGAGAGUUCAGGUGGCCACGCACCUUAGCAGGGAUCAGAGCCUACCUGCCCUGCAACCGACUGCCAUCGAGCGGAAGCACGUACUCGGGCAGCUCCAGUGAAGAGCAGCGGGCUUGGCGUUACUGUGAUCGCGAGGGCCAAUGGGCAGAAGAGGAUUAUUCCCGCUGCCAGUUUCAGAAGGAUGUCACAAGAUUCCUCAAUGUCAUCAACCAGAUGCCUCUAAAUGAGAGCAAUGUGGUGACUAUAGCUCAGCGCCUGUUUGUCUACACGAAGGAUGCUGCCAACUUCUCAGACAAGAUGGAUAUCAUCUUUGUGGCUGAGAUGAUCGAGAAGUUUGGGAAGUUUGUUGAGAAGUUUAAAGACCUGGGUCAGGUGAUGGUCAGCAUGGCCAGUAACCUGAUGCUGGCCGACGAGAGGGUGUUGUCGAUGGCUCAGCGUGAAGCCAUGGCCUGCUCCCGCAUCAUCGCCUGCCUCCAAAAGAUUGCCGCUUACCGCCCAGCUACACCUCAGGCCUUCCCCGUGACCUCCCCUAACAUUGCACUGGACGUCCACUUUGUCAAGGUCAGCGACUGGAAUGGUAUGUCCUGCGUGUUACUGCAGAGGGCCAUCCCUGAGCGCCCCCUCGGCCAGGACCGCCAGCUCACCUUCAAAUGUAACACAAGCAGCUCGUUUUCCAGCAUCUUUUACAAGAGCACUGCAGCGGAGGCUUCCCUGCAAUUUCCCCAGUCUCUCCUCACUGAGGCUGUACCUCCUGGGCAGCCAGAGGACACAGUCUACAAGCUCCACCUACUUGGCUUCCACAAUGGCAAGUUUUUUCCAUCCACUGGCAACUCCUCCCAACUUGCUGAUGGAGGGCGGAGGAGAAGUGUAGCCACACCUGUCAUCAUGGCCAAGAUAGAUGGCAUGACUCCACGCGUCCUGAAGACCCCCGUUAAUGUCACCCUGCGCCUGUUUGCCCGCGGCUCAGAUGCUGUGUCCGCCUGCUGGAACUUGAGCCAGGCGGGAGGUCAGGGAGGAUGGCAGAGCGACGGCUGCCGCAUAUUAGACCAUCACGACAAUUUCACAACCAUAUCAUGCAACUCUCUGGGCAACUAUGGCCUGCUUAUGGAUCUCAGCGCUAUGGAAUAUUCCUCGCCAAGCAUUAAGCCACUGCACCCGGUUAUCUACGCCACCACUGUCAUACUCCUCCUGUGCCUGGCCACCAUUAUUAUAAGCUAUAUCUACCAUGUGGGCAUUUUGCUGCACUACUCCACUCUCGCUACCACUCUCUGGGUGGGCGUGACUGCAAGGAACAUUUACAAGCAAGUGACGCGCAAGGCCAAGCGCUACGAGGAGCUGGACGAGCCGCCGCCACCGCCGCGGCCAAUGCUGAGGUUCUACUUAAUUGGCGGAGGGAUACCCAUCAUAGUCUGUGGGAUCACUGCUGCAGCAAACAUCAAAAACUACGGCAGCCAGAUCAAUGCGCCAUAUUGCUGGAUGGCGUGGGAGCCGAGCAUCGGAGCAUUUUAUGGCCCGGUAGUUUUUAUCAUCUUCGUGGACUGCAUGUACUUCCUCAGCAUCCUGCUGCAGCUGCGCCGGCACCCUGAGCGCCGUUACGAGCUCAAAGAGCCAACCGAAGAGCAGCAGCAUCUGGCUCCGGCCAACACUGAGGUUGGGCCCGAUGCUCCCGGCAGCCACUGCCACCCCCUCACCCUGCAGCUUCAGCCACAUGAGGCGUCCUCUUCAUUAGUGUUUCCCCCCCACACUGUGCCACUGUCGGCUCUGGAGAACGAGCACACCUUCGCUGGGCAGUUGAUGGGUGCAGCGGGGGCAUUGGGGCUGUACGCAGCCCUGUGGGUGUUCGGCGCCAUGGCGGUAUCACAGGACCACCCAUUUGAUUUAGCUUUCACCUGCUUGUUUGGGGUGGCGGCGCUGGCACUCGGGGCCUUCAUGGCUGCUCAUCACUGCGUCAAUAGGCAAGAUAUGAGGCGCCACUGGUCCCAGGUCUGUUGCUCCGGGAGACGAGCAUACUCCGCACAGGAGGACACCCUUCUGCCUCAGUCAGGCGUGGCGAUGAUAUCCACGACAGGAUCUGACAACAAGGCAGAUGGGGAGUCAGCCAAGUGCGGCCACAGCAGCGCGGACUCUUCCUAUACAAACAAGAGCGCCCCGAGCAUGCGCAACUCCGCCCACGGCAGCAAGCUGACCAAUCUCCACGCGGAGGCUGCACAGUGCAAGUCAGCCUCAGCAUCAGCGGCAGCCAAUGGAGCUGCUAUUUUGGACAACAGCCUGACCGAGCAUUCACUAGACAAUGAAAUCAAAAUGCACGUGUCACCGCUCGAGGUCCAGUUCCACCCUGUGAACAACGCGAGCAACCCAGCCACCACAGUCGCCACCACAGUCGCCGCCACCGUCGCCGCCACCGCCAACGGCCACAUAAGCAGGCAUCACAAAAACAGAGCGCGCACGCACAGGGCGAGUCGGCUCACCGUGCUGCGAGAGUACGCCUACGACGUGCCUACCAGCGUGGAGGGCAGCGUGCAGAGCGCCCCACACAGGAGACACCAUCACUACGACAUGGCAGCUCGCAACAGCAGACGAGCGGCCUACAUGGCGUACAGGGAGCGGCAUCAGAGCCAGCUGCAACAGGACAGCAGCGACAGCGCCAGCCUGCCGCGGCGCUCCCGCUAUUCAGAUAAAGGAGGCGGCAGCACGCUGGGGAAAGGAUCUGUGGUAACCGUAGAGACUGAGCAGUCGGUUACUGCGGCAGGGUCGAGCUCAAGUAGAGACUCUGCUUCUGAAAAGCAGCCUGGCAGCACGGGGCUGGAAAGCCACCCUAAGUCUUAUGGGCUGAACCUUAUCACUCACAACGGUGGCACGCUUAAAGAGAAUGGACAGGCAGUGGCUGUAAUUAAAACGGACAGUGCAGCCGCAGUAAAGACCGGCUUGUGGAAACAUGAAACUACUGUGUAGCAACCGUUUCUGUGCUAAAGACUGCAUAAUAAUGUGCUCACAACUUUAAGCUGUGAAUGUCUGGUUUAGUUGUUUGAUUGUACUUUUUUUUUUCCUUGAAAAAAGAAAAAAAUUGCAAAAUAGUAGCCGAAUUAUGGCCAAUGAACUGACUUUGUAGAUAUGUUUCUGUAAAUGUUCUAUUUUUAUAACUUUUAAUCCACCACUUUGAGAGUUUUGUACAUGAAACCGCAUGGUCUGAGCUGUGUGGCCCUGUGCGUACCGUUAACCUGGAGCCUUUUCUCCCCGUUUUCUAGUUUGUUCCAACAAUAAUUAAAACAAAAGUUCCA